AUGGUUGGCCAUGUCAAUAUGAUGGAUGAUGUCCUUAUCUCUCAUCUGCCUGCCUCAAUUUUGAGGUCAUCACUACGGACCAUGAUCUCUCAAGGUUUCACUGCCCAAACCGUCUUUGUCGAACAUGUUCGCAAGAGACUCUUAGAGUCCCCGCCACCACUAAUACCUCCCUGUGAACUUUUCGGAGGCGACCGCCCCCGUCAUAGUGAAUUUCUUACCUCGACGAGAUGUCUGUUCUCAAGUAAAUUGGCAAUCGAAUCAUUCCCGUAUCUUACACACUUCGUCAAAGCCAUCCCGGAAUCACAAGCCCGCUGGAUAGCCGACGAUCCUUUAGACGUCUCUCUUCAGUCUGCAUGUGGGGACAUUGUUCAGGCCGUACAAGCCCUCAAGGAAUCCCAACCAAAUCUUACUCAAGAGCAUGGUUCAUCCCUCAUCCAACUUCAGUCGGCAUUGGACGGGUGUGAAACAUACUGUUCAUCUUCAGUCCCGCCACUUCCCUAUCCGUUCCGAAGAGCUCAAAGACAGGUGGAGGAUCUUUUAUCGCUCAAGUUCCCGGAUCGAAACGGAAACGGGAGCGCGUGCUCAUUGGCAGAGGACUCAGGGAUAUCAUUCUCGUCACGCCCAUCGCGCAAUGACAUCGGUGCUAAUGUGUUGGAGCUGACAACUAUCGACUCCGCUCAGGUUGAAAAGUUGGAAUACACCAAUCUCGGGACAGUCAAGAUGCCUCGAUUAAUAACUGGACUCUGGCAGCUAUCCUCGCCAGCAUGGGGAUCUGCGUCUAGUGAGAAACAGAACGAGGCUUUGGCUCAACUCGUAAAGGCGGGACUCGUAGCGGCUGAUAUGGCAGAUCACUAUGGUGACGCAGAACUCAUCUACGGCGCGUUUCGGAAUGGCGUACCGGAACAUGUCAGCCAACAAUUGGUGGUCGCCACUAAGUGGUGUGUGUUUCGUCCGUUGGGAAAGCCGGUAACAGCACAGCUUGUGCUGGAAGCAGUCAUGGAGCGCUAUCGUCGUGUUGGCGGAAAGUUAGAAAUGUUGCAGGUACUUCCAUUGUAUCGAGACAAAGAAUACCUCAAAGUCCUCCUUGAACUGGUGAAGCUAACCGGAUCACACCCGAAUAUCGUUUCCGAAAUAGGAGUCUGCAAUUUCGACUCCAGGCACCUUGAGGAGGCUUGUACCUUCCUCCUGAACAAGACUGGCAAACUGGGGAUCGUCUCUAAUCAAGUUCAGUUUUCUAUGAUUGAUAGUAGACCGCUUUUACACAUGUCCACCGUAUGCCGCAAGUAUGGUAUUCAGUUGUUGACUUAUGGGUCUUUCUGUGGCGGGUUUUUGUCACACAAGUGGUUAGGGAGAGCCGCUCCAGAUAUUUAUUCUGAAACGCCCCAGCUGACGCCCUCUCAGCGCAAGUACUUUGACAUGAUACUCCUCUGGGGUACCUGGGCAGAUUUUCAACGCCUGCUGUGGACGCUAAAGGAGAUAGCAGAUAAGCACAAUGUUGAGAUCAGCAACGUCGCUACAAGAUGGGUGCUUGAUCGUCCAGAGGUUGGGGCCGUCAUCGUCGGAACUCGACUUGGAGUGUCCUCUAAUGCCCACUCGAACGUCAAGGUCUUUUCCUUCGCGCUCGACGAGGAGGACAAGGCACGACUGGAAGAGCUUCAAUUGGAGAAACGAGCAGAGGCGGUGUUUGGGAAGCUCGGUGACUGUGGGCAUGAAUAUCAGAAGGCUUGA